AUGGAGGCAGCUGCUGGAGCAAUACAGAACCUCACUGCCUGCAAUUGGAAAUGGGCGGUGUACCAGCGUCACUUGAUUCGGAAAGCAAACGGUUUAACACUUUUAAUUGAGCACUUGAACCACGCCCACGAUACUGUCGUCAGAUCGGUCUCCACGGCACUACGUAACCUCUCCAUUGAUGAAACAAAUAAAGAAAUAAUUGGUCAGUAUGGUAUAGAGGGGAUUAUCCCUAGGAUACCAUAUGGCCAGAAUAGUUUGGGUAUAUCAGAAUCAACGACCAUUUCAUUGCUUUGUACACUAAUGGAGUUGUGUAUAGAUAAUUAUAACAACACCAGCACAUUCCGUGAUUGCAAUGGAAUUACUCCAAUUGCUCGUUUGACCCAAUCAAAAGAACACACGCCCAAAGUUGUGUAUGCAGCACAUAAAUUAUGUUCAAUCAUUUCAGAAUACAAAGUAGCCAAGUCGGUACUCAAGCAAGAAGGCUGGGACUCUC